AUGGCGGUGAAUCGCAUCCGCGGCGCCUUUGCCGUGCCUCGCAAGGGCGAGACCUUUGAGCUGCGCGCCGGCCUGGUCUCGCAGUAUGCCUACGAGCGCAAGGAGUCGAUCCAAAAGACCAUCAUGGCCAUGACGCUUGGAAAGGAUGUUUCGGCUCUCUUCCCCGACGUGCUCAAGAACAUUGCAACGGGCGACCUCGAUCAGAAGAAGCUUGUAUAUCUCUAUUUGAUGAACUACGCCAAGUCGCAUCCCGACCUAUGCAUUCUCGCCGUUAAUACCUUUGUCCAAGACUCUGAAGACCCGAAUCCACUGAUACGAGCAUUGGCGAUCCGAACGAUGGGAUGCAUCAGAGUAGACAAGAUGGUGGAUUACAUGGAGGAGCCCCUGAGGAAGACGCUACGGGACGAAUCACCAUACGUGCGCAAGACGGCCGCCAUCUGCGUCGCCAAGCUCUUCGAUCUCAACCCGCAGAUGUGCAUCGAAAACGGCUUUUUAGAGAUGCUCCAGGAGCUGAUUGGUGACCCCAACCCCAUGGUCGUCGCAAACUCGGUGACGGCCCUGUCUGAGAUCACCGAGACGGCGCCUGAGACGAGGGCAUUGAUCGUUACACCUGUGACCCUGAAGAAGCUGCUCAUGGCUCUUAACGAAUGUACCGAAUGGGGACGAGUUACCAUCCUGACUACUCUGGCCAACUACGGCGCGACGGACCAGAAGGAGUCGGAGCACAUCUGUGAGCGUGUGGCACCUCAGUUCCAGCACGUCAACCCUAGUGUGGUUCUUGCUGCGGUCAAGGUUGUUUUCAUCCACAUGCAGGCGCUUAACCCUGAGCUCGUGAGGUCAUACCUCAAGAAAAUGGCCCCUCCACUGGUCACCCUGGUUGCUUCGGCACCCGAGGUUCAGUAUGUCGCUCUGCGAAACAUUGAUCUCCUCCUCCAAGCCAAGCCCGACAUCCUGAGCAAGGAGAUGCGAGUCUUCUUCUGCAAGUACACUGACCCACCAUAUGUCAAGCUCCAGAAGCUGGAGAUUAUGGUGAGGAUAGCAAACGAGAGCAACUACGAGCAGCUGCUUGCCGAGUUGAAGGAGUAUGCCCUGGAAGUUGACAUGGACUUUGUCCGAAGAGCCGUCAAGGCUAUCGGUCAGGUGGCCAUCAAGAUCGAGAGCGCCAGCGAGAAGUGCGUGGCCGCUCUCGAGGACCUCAUCUCAACCAAGGUCAACUAUGUGGUUCAGGAGGUCGUUGUCGUCAUCAAGGAUAUCCUGCGCAAGUACCCUGGCUACGAGGGUGUGAUCCCCACGCUGUGUCAGUACAUUGAUGAGCUGGAUGAGCCCAACGCCCGUGGUUCGCUGAUCUGGAUUGUUGGUGAAUAUGCCGAGAAGAUCAACAAUGCCGACGAGAUCCUAGAGAGCUUCGUCGAGUCGUUCAUGGAGGAGUUCACACAGACACAACUCCAAAUAUUGACAGCUGUGGUCAAGCUCUUCCUGAAGAAGCCUGGCAGCAACCAAGCUCUUGUGCAAAAGGUGCUCCAGGCGGCUACAGCGGAGAACGAUAACCCCGAUAUCCGCGACAGAGCGUAUGUGUACUGGCGUCUGCUAUCUUCGGACCCAGAGAUUGCCAAGAACAUCGUUUUGUCUCAGAAGCCCACCAUCACAACUACCAUGACCACCCUCCCCCCUGCUCUGUUGGAGCAGCUCCUUACUGAGCUAUCGACUCUCGCCUCAGUAUACCACAAGCCUCCCGAGUCGUUUGUUGGCAAGGGCCGUUUCGGCGCCGACGAAAUCCAACGGGCUGCCAUCCAGGAGCAACGGCAAAACGCCGCCGACAACCCCAUCGCGGCAUCCGUUGCUGCCGCUGCGGCCAAUGGCUCUGGCAGCGGCGCAUCUCAGAACAACAUUGAGAACCUGCUGGAUAUCGAUUUUGACGGCGCGGCGCCUGCGUCUCAGGAGCAGAACAGCGCAUCUGCAACCCCUGACCGUGUGGCAAGCCCAGCGUCUGGUGGUCCCUCUGGUGCUAUGGCAGACAUGAUGAGCAUGUUUGAUGCACCAGCGCCUUCAAGCAGCGGCGCCGCACCUGCUGCUGGACCGAGCAGCGGCAUGAACGAUCUGAUGAACGGAUUCGAGGGCUUGAACUUUGGAGGUGCCGCCACCAGCGAGCCUCUUCCGGCAGCGAUGCAGCUGCAACAGGCCCACGGCGGGGUGCCGCAGCAGCCCAAGAAGGACAGUGAUGAUUUGCUAGGCCUCCUGUAG